AUGGGUUGUGGCGCAUCGAAUCCGGAGCAGGUGGCCAAGGCGACCGGAGGCGCCGUGCAGAAAAGUCCCGAAGCUUCUGAAGCUUCUGCGUCGGCUAGCGAGGAGGCCCGCCGAAGGCUCCUGGAGGAGAUCCGCAAAGGCCGCGCCUAUGCCUAUGGCGCCCUGCUGCACGCCCCGCCGGAGCUGCGAGGGGACCAGGAGGUGGUCGCGGCGGCGGUAAAGGAGAGCGGCUUCGCCCUCGAGUUCGCGUCCGAGGCGCUGAGGGGAAACAGGGAGGUGGUCCUGGCGGCGGUGGAGCAGGACGGCAGGGCCCUCCGGUACGCGUCCGUUGCGCUGAGAGGGGACAGGGACUUCUUGCUGGUGGCAGUGGAGCAGAACGCCGACGCCCUCGAGUUCGCGUCCAAGGCGCUGAGAGGGGACAGGGAGGUGGUGCUGGCGGCCGUGAAGGUGGACGGCACGGCCUUCAGAUUCGCGUCGGAAGAGCUGCGGACGGACCAAACCUUCCUGCUGGAGGCGGUGGAGGCCACAAGGGCCUGGUGGCUGGUGGAGCUCGCGGCCGAGGCUCUCCGAGCGGACGAGAGCUUCGUGGAGGAAUGCAAAGCCGCCGCCGGCACGGGGUUGGUGUUCACCUUCUACGACAGCUACACCUGCUCCGAGUACAUGCGAACGCUCUUCCCGACGGCCGGCGCCUCCGUGCCGGGGGGCGCGGCCUACGACCGCGUCAUGGAGGAGCUGCAGCGUGGCGCCAGCUACGGCAGGUGUUGCGGCACGGCGACGGUAUGGUUCGACGAGGAACCCGUGUUUGGACACGACGCCGACGAUGGCAGGUGGAGCCACCCCUGCGCCGACUGCGGCCGGGACAUGGUGCCCGUGCCGCCCAGGGAGGGCCGCGACGCCAAGUGGCGGUCGACGGUGGACUCCCGGAGCGCCUCCCUCGAGCCAGAAGAGGGCAAACCGUACCCAUGCUGGUGUUGCCACUGGCUGAGGGAGGUGCGCAAGCACCAUGAAGCUGGUGAGGUCAUCUGCGUGGCCGUGUCGAACAUUUUCGACAGCGAUUGGGUGGACAAGUUCGGCGCGGGCUCCUCUGAGCUUGCGGACGCAGAUGCCGAAAGAUGUGGUCUUCCGAAGGAGGUCUUCAAGCACGGGAAGCCGGCCAGCUGGGGUGAAGGCACGAUCUGCAUUGCCGGCGAAACCUACCAGCGCCGUGCGCCCGUGCACCCCCGGACGGGCAAGCCCCUGGGGGUGGGCUGCCGCUGGGAGCGGCAGGCCUUGGAUGGCAUGGACUUCCCCGUCUACGCCUUCUUCAUGCCCUGA